UUUCACGACUCCGCCGAGUCUCCGCGGGCCUUCCUUUAAACGUCACAUUCCACUUCUCCUCCGUCUUCCCUCAAUCUCCACCACCACCCCCAAAGUACAACCAACCCACCACACCUACAACACAUCACCCACCAUGUCUGCCAAGUCCUUCACCCCGGCCGAAGUCGCCGCCCACAACAACGCCGAGAAGGGCUUGUACAUUAUCGUCGACUCGUCCGUCUACGACGUCACCAGCUUCGUCGACGAGCACCCCGGCGGCGCGAAGAUCCUGAAGCGUGUUGCCGGCAAGGAUGCUUCCAAGCAGUUCUGGAAGUACCACAACGAGUCCGUCCUGAAGAAGUAUGCGCCCAAGUUGAAGAUUGGGGAUGUCAAGGACGCGGCGAAGCUGUGAGCGAUGCGCGAUGCGCGAUGAUGGGAUUUAUACAUAUACAUGAGAACGAGCGAUGAAGGGAUGGAGAAGGGAAAACGCCAUGCUGCAGCUGUACUGUACACACGUGCUUCGUUGUGGAGAAUGGGGAGCAGAGCGAACCCGUCGAUCGGAAUGGCCUUGUCGAGACUGGCUGGGGUUGCUGCAUCGUGUCAGCCUGGAUGGUUUGCAUGAGCGAAUGUCCUGAUUGCGGAUGAAGCGAGGCGGGUGUUGUGGAUAUGGGGUUAUUAGAAUUGGAGUAUUGAGAUGAUGUGUUUAUACCCGCUUUAUACGACAUUUCUAUUUUUUGUACCAUUUUUAUCCAGAUCUUGUUCAUCCGCACCAUGUUCG